UGGCAUGUGUCUGAGUUAAAAGUAGCUGUACAUUACGUCAUAUACGCCUUGGAGCAUUGUUUGUCACAAACAAGCGGAACAUGUGGAAACUUUUCAUUGGAUUACCUUUCUCACCUGGCAUCACUGAACAAAUAAGUGUAGCUGCAGGAGCAUGUAUAUUUAAGGGGCAUCAGUUCACGAGUCACAAUACUCCUGAUUCGAGUUGAGGUCUUUUUAUACUGUACCUGAGCGCUGCUGCAAACUAAAGGUGAGUGCAGUGCCUCUAUUUGACUCUUUAUUUGACUCUACUCUGCACAGACAUUACAGAAUCAGUAAAUACUCACCGACCAUUUGGAAGUGUUUUUCUAAUGUCUGUUUUCUUUCAGAAAAUGAGGAUCCAAAUUGCGUUGCUGGUCUUUGCAUUUGUGGCUGUGAUCAAUGCAGCACCAUACCAAGCACUGGAAGAUGUGAAGCUUGAUCCUGCAGAAGAGGCAGAAUUAAAGAAAGCACUGGAAAAUGUGAAGCUUGAUCCUGCAGAAGAGGCAGAGCUAGAGAAAGCACUGGAAGAUGUGAAGCUUGAUCCUGCAGAAGAGGCAGAGUUAAAGAAAGCACUGGAAGAUGUGAAGCUUGAUCCUGCAGAAGAGGCAGAGCUAGAGAAAGCACUGGAAGAUGUGAAGCUUGAUCCUGCAGAAGAGGCAGAGCUAGAGAAAGCACUGGAAGAUGUGAAGCUUGAUCCUGCAGAAGAGGCAGAGCUAGAGAAAGCACUGGAAGAUGUGAAGCUUGAUCCUGCAGAAGAGGCAGAGCUAGAGAAAGCACUGGAAGAUGUGAAGCUUGAUCCUGCAGAAGAGGCAGAGCUAGAGAAAGCACUGGAAGAUGUGAAGCUUGAUCCUGCAGAAGAGGCAGAGCUAGAGAAAGCACUGGAAGAUGUGAAGCUUGAUCCUGCAGAAGAGGCAGAGCUAGAGAAAGCACUGGAAGAUGUGAAGCUUGAUCCUGCAGAAGAGGCAGAGCUAAAGAAAGCACUGGAAGAUGUGAAGCUUGAUCCUGCAGAAGAGGCAGAGCUAGAGAAAGCACUGGAAGAUGUGAAGCUUGAUCCUGCAGAAGAGGCAGAGCUAGAGAAAGCACUGGAAGAUGUGAAGCUUGAUCCUGCAGAAGAGGCAGAGCUAGAGAAAGCACUGGAAGAUGUGAAGCUUGAUCCUGCAGAAGAGGCAGAGCUAGAGAAAGCACUGGAAGAUGUGAAGCUUGAUCCUGCAGAAGAGGCAGAGUUAAAGAAAGCACUGGAAGAUGUGAAGCUUGAUGCCGCCGCAAAGGAAGCCGUGGAGCUUUCCGCUGCCAAUAUGGAAGAGAAAGUACUGGAAGAUGCGAUAUAUUUGGCACUGCAGUAUUUUCUGUUUGAUGCCUCUGCAAGCGAAGACCCAAAGCUUGACGCUGCCACAGAGGCAGAGUUAAACAAAGCACUGGAAAAUGUGAAGUUUGAUACUGCCGCAAAGGAAGCCCUGGAGCUUGCCUCUGCCAAUAUGGAAGAGAAAGUACUGAAAGAUGUGGCGGUUUUUGCCGGAAAGCAAUUGAUAGAUUUCGCACUGCGGUAUUUUCUGUUUGAUGCCUCUGCAAGCGAAGACCCAAAGCUUGACGCUGCCACAGAGGCAGAGUUAAACAAAGCACUGGAAGAUGUGAAGCUUGAUCCUGCAGAAGAGGCAGAGUUAAAGAAAGCACUGGAAGAUGUGAAGCUUGAUGCCGCCGCAGAGGAAGAACCAAAGCUUGAUCCUGCAGAAGAGGCAGAGUUAAUGAAAGCACUGGAAGAUGUGAAGCUUGAUCCUGCAGAAGAGGCAGAGCUAGAGAAAGCAGCAAAAGAGCUAAAGCUUGAAUAAGGCAAAGAUGGAUACUGCUGAAGAGGAUCUAGGUGAAGAUAAAAAGCUUGUGAACAAGGUCAUGAAGAAUCAAUCAAUUUAGUAUAGAAUAAAUAAUAAUACUACUGAAAUUAGGAGAAGAAUAAAUGCAUACAUUUUGUGGCUUAAAGUUAGUGUGCAGAUGGUACUUUUCCAUUGAUGCUACAUUUUCAAUACCCAACACCCGAUCUUCAGCAACACAGAUAUUGUUAUGAUCAUCACAGUAUCAAGUGCAGACCUUU